AUGAUCCGAAUUGAUGAAGGAAAUUUUGGAGGGAUCACGACUCAACAAUGGGCAAUGGUCCGUGGUUUUAGCAGGGAUAUGGGAACUAGACUGGAACCAAAACAUCGAUUCAACCCUUUCGAGGACAAGGACUCCAGCGUACCUCCAUGCAAGCUGGAUAUUUCUGCAAGACUGCCACCUCCUGCAGACGAUCAAGAAAAUCUAAGGCGACCUCCAGAGCUUCCUCCUGGCGUGCCCAAUCCACCUGAGAUUCCGACUCGCCGCCUCCGCAUCCGAGAGAACCAUGUCUGGAAGGUGGCACCCCUCGCCAUCGGGGAAGCGAGCAGCGUCUUCGUUAUGAAAGGGCGAAGAAAGGAUAAAUUCUGGGUUCUCAAGGUCGUCAAGCUGGAACCAUCAUCUCGGGAGAUGUGGAGGAAUGCUCACGAAAUUAAGGCGCUGAAAUUACUCCAAGCCUUCCCCCAUGACAAUGUUGUACAACAACCGGACCUCGAGUCCAAUGUAGAUAAUAUUUGGUGGUCCAGGAAAGACUUAAGUGUCUUCAUGGUUUUCGAUUACUGCGGCCCAGAUCUCCUGAAGCUAUUUAGCGGUCUCAUAGCCAGCAAAAAGCACACAUGCGACCAGUGGAAGCCAGAGCUCCUGCAAACUUUGGUAUUGGAUGUGGUAAACGGCCUGCACCAUUUGCAUAGCCUUGGUAUCAUUCAUACCGACUUGAAGCCAGAGAAUAUACUAGUUGACAGAGACGGGUUCUUCAAGAUAACUGACUUCGGGAGCGCCCGCGUUCUAUCAGGGCCCGGAGGGGCAGUGUGCCCUACAUUCGGAAAAGCGCUUGUGAUGAACAGCCAGGCUCGCAUCACGCCAGGGUAUUCUGCCCCGGAACUUCUGGCGUAUGACAUGGAAGGAGACUUUCUUCCGCAUAAUGUCAGUCAUGGUGGCGUCCCAUGGUUCUGCUUCGACGAGAGUGCAGACAUGUGGUCGCUUGGAAUGUGCAUCUACACAAUCAUGUUAGGGGCACCUUUCGACAGCCACACUGACGACGGCAGGCUCCUGUGGCCACCGGAAGUAUUGCAACAAAUUUUGCACUACAAUAUUCUUGCGUCCAGCCUCGGGUCUAGCCGCCAGGAAGCUUACGUUCCGGUUGUCAACUUUUUCCAGAAGUGCUGCCAGGCCUGCCCUUUGAAUCGUAUACACACUCAGGAUGCCUUUCAAAUGAUCCAAAAGGACUGGGCUUAUGACAGGUCGGUGCGCGUGAACUAUAUGUCACAGCACAAGAUAUUUGAAGAGAAAGUUCCUUCCAUGCAAGAGCUCCUCAAGUCGCACACUCUAUUUGGAGCAGACCAAGAGCCCGCUAAUCGUUCCAUUGGAACAGAGUUUGAGGCCCUUCUUGAAAAAAUGUCUAUUGUGCUGCAAGAACACUCGGACUAUCAGAUAACAUUCUAA